UCCAGCUGCGUAACCCGCGGCUAGCGGUGCCGUGUUGCGACAGGUAGCGGUCACUUUACGGCCUCGUCAAGGUGAACGGUGAUGUGCUCUUUGUGGCGUCUCCUAGCAAACGUAUCAAACACGGCACGUGAAGUUAAAAGGCUGCAUUCAAACUAACCGUACACGACGCGUUUAUGGGAACACUACACUCAUAACUAAGUCACUCAACAAGCAGUGGGAUGUCUGCACUUCCUGCAAAGCCCGGCCUGCGGCACAGUGUGUCCGAGUCAAACGGCAACAACCACCAGCUUUCUGCCACGGCCCAACGGGAGCGAUUGGUUUCCAACGUGAUCCGGCAGGAGGGGAGGUCGCUGCGCAGCGAGACCGACUGUAAGACGACCUGGGAUGAAAGCGAUACCUGUCGCAGGCUGAGGGACCGGGCGUGGGAUGUCGCCCGCUGGAAAGAGGAGCUAGAAACCUGCGCACAGAAAGUGGAUGAAGAGAUGGAGGCUCUGACCUUGUCCAAAGAGCAAACCGAGCACGCCCUGGCUGCGACUGCCGUUCCCCUGGAGGUCGGCAGUGAAUGCUUGACGCUGAGGGACGGGCGGCGAGGGUACGAGCUGGCCGCCGACCCCGUGGACGAAGAGCUGAAGCGGGAGGUGGAGCUGAUUGAGAGGAUGCAGCAGGUUCUGCAGCAGCACGUUGACAAGGCCUUCGAGCACCUGUGUGUUUUGCAGGAGGCUCGGCACCAGCUGACCGCUGACCUCCAGAACAAGAUGGACGCCCUGGACAUUGACAUGUCGUGCCUGUCUCUUACUAUUAAGUCACCUCAGAUCUCCCUGAAGACCAACCCAACUCGCGUGCCGUUGGGUUCCUCCACCCCUCAGGAGUGGGUCCAGUUCAGCCAGUACAAUGUGGCCCGUGCCCAGGAGGCCAUGCAGGUGUCCCAGCUAAUGAGGGAGGACUUGAGCCUCACCAGAACCCAGUUGCAGAAUGAGUUGAACGCUCAGCGCCGCGCCACGGAGUUUGCUCUUCGUAAGCGCACUCACCACGAAGAGCAGGCCCGCGACGAGCUCGAGUGGCAAAUAGGAAAUACCGAAGAUGAAAUGGCAGAAAUGGAGAGAGACAUCCACGGGCUGGAUGCAGAUCUGCAGGGAAAGAUGGCCUCCCUGAAACUGGCUCACACGCGACUGGAGAACAGGACCAACAGGCCUGGCAUGGAUUUGUGCAGAGACGAGGUGCAGCACGGCCUCGUUAAUGAAGUCCAUCAGCUGGAGGCCACGAUCGUGGCUCUGAAACAGAAGCUGUCUGAAGCUCAGCACUCUAUGCAGAAGAUGAAGCGCCAUCAUUCCCACAUGUUGCAGGAUCUUUCCGGGAAACAGGAAGCCCUGUCUCUGGAACAACGAAGCAUGAACACCCGCUCCCGCCUCGCUCCACCCACCUGCAGCGAGAAAGCCCCGGUGCUGCUGGUUCCACUCACCAACUCCAGCGGCAGGAGCAACCUGCAGCUGCUGGCUCAGUGAGAUGAGCUGCUCUCCAGUUUGUGGGAGGGAACAACUCGGCACAUUCCUUCAUGUUCAGCUCAGACUUUCUGUCCACACUUGAGAUUCAUUCAACUCUCUUAAAGUCUUAAGUUAAUUAAUCGUCCCCAUUACUGCUGGAGGACCAAACACAAUGUUAUCUAUUUAUUUCAAAAGUAUUCUCCUGACCUGUCUCGACCUUUUGUGUGUUUAAUUUGCUCUUUGUUGUGUUUUAUAAUCAAUUAUGUACUUAUUCUGUGUCUAUUUAAAUUCCACAAAAUAACUAUAAUGUGGAUUAUAUGCGUCUUAAUUAAACAUUUAGUCGUGAAGAUA